AUUUGAAUCAAGUUAAAUGAUAUGACUCUAAUACAGGACCGUGCACGAAGCGACGUGAGUUCCGGUCAUUGAAGAUGCCACCGGCGCUAGAGGAAAAGGAAGGUGGCGUUGAGGCUACACGUGGGCAGGAAUGCGUGGAUAAAGUGUGGGACGACCAAGUGGAUGGCGCUUGGGCUCCCGGUAAAGCACCAGUGAGUCUGCUCACGACGUUCCUCAAGUACGUCCAAGAGCGAAACAGCGUCGAAGCAGAACGAGCGGCACAAGAAAUUCUGAAGGCAGAGCCCAGCAACCGCCUCGUGCGGGAUCUACUGGAGGCUAUGAAGCAGCACGAUGCCAUGGAGGCAGCGGACGCGAAAGAAGGAGAAUCAGAUGAGAGCGACGGGGAGGACGACGAGGAGAAGGAUAGUUCUAAUGGUAGUUCUGAAGGCAGCGAUGAUGACGACACGAACGAUAACGAUGAACCUGACGAGAUCAACGCUGACGCAAAGAACAACGAGUGAUUCAAAGAGUUUGCACACUAUCCGACCCUAUUGAUUGUCGCACAACAUUUUUUUCGACUUGGUACUA